GGUUAUUCUGGAAAGAUGACUAAUAAUAUUGGAGACGACGUAGUAAAAUACAAAGUUACUGAUAAAAGUGACGAUCCCUUAAACCCUAAACCUGGAACCCUAAGAUAUGCAAUGACGCAUAUUAAGGGAAAGAUUUGGGUAACUUUCGAACAAAAUAUGAAAAUUAGACUCCAAAAACCCCUUUUAGUUAGCAGCUUUACUACCAUUGAUGGCCGUGGAGUUAAGGUUAACAUUGCUGGUGGCGCUUGUCUAAUGCUUCAAAGGGUGACAAAUGUGAUCAUUCAUGGUCUAAGAAUCCACCAUUGCAAGGCACAAACUGCGUCAACAGUCAUGGGACCUGAUAAAAAAAUUGUAAAUGUGGGUGCAGUGGAUGGGGAUGCUAUUAGAAUGGUGACUUCUUCGAAGAUUUGGAUUGAUCAUAACACCCUCUAUGAAAGUGAAGAUGGUCUGAUUGAUGUGACUCGUGGUUCAACAAAUAUUACUAUAUCCAACAAUUGGUUUAGGACACAAAAUAAGGUUAUGUUGUUAGGUCAUGAUGAUGGAUUCCUUAGAGACAAAAACAUGAAGGUUACUGUUGCAUUCAACUAUUUUGGUCCUAAUUGCAACCAGAGAAUGCCAAGGGUUCGUCAUGGAUAUGCACAUGUGGUUAACAAUGUAUACAAGGGAUGGGGUAACUAUGCAAUAGGGGGAAGCAUGAACCCAAGCAUUAAGAGCCAAGCUAAUUAUUUCUAUGCACCAAAUGAUGGAAAGAAAGAGGUCACAUGGAAAAAAGAGAGUGGUGUAGUUGGUGAAGUGGCUGGGAAUUUCCAGUCAGUUGAAGAUGUAUUUGCCAACGGAGCAUGUUUCAAUGGAUCGGGUUCAGGUCGUGAGUUGGUGAAGCCAAACUAUUCGCCAGAGCAAGCUUUUCCGGUGGAAGAUGGACACAAGGUCAAGGACUUGACAAGGAAUGCAGGUGCUUUAAAAUGUUCUACCUCUUCUUCUACCUGCUAAGCAGUACACAUAUAUACCUCAACUUGG